AUGGGUACUAGAGAGGUGUACGAAGAAAAACUGAAAAAUGGAAAUCUCCACCACGAUCCAACCAUAAACCCUGGCCUUGGUUCUGCUCGUUGCCCUCGUUGUUUAUCUCUUCUCAAUCCUAAUUCCGAAAGAGGUGAAUGGACUAUUACUCCCGUCUUGCACGAUGCCACUGCCGUCGUUGGCUCUGGGUUUGGCGGAAUGAUUAGUGCAGUUCAUGGUUUGAAUAGAGGGUUGCCAUAUCUUCAAAGUCGUCUAAAAGGACCGAAGUGGCUUCCAUUUCUUGUUGGGAUCCCUCCAUUGUUGAUAUUUUCAGGAGCAAGUGCUGCAUUUGGAGGGGGUGUAAAAGAGCUUACUAAUCAAUUGGCCCACAAUAGUACCAAGGAGCCUUGCUCUGUGUCAGUUAAGUUGGCCUUGUUGUGGCGACUUUUACACAGCGGCUACCAACCAACAAUGACAAUAUGUGGAAAGUAUGGCGGUGGUCGGCGAUUCAGGCAGUAA